AUUUAGUCAACUGUAAAACAAUCUAUGGAAAUGUUGUUGAAACGUAUACUCACACCAAAGACAUCAGUUGAUUUACUACGUGAUAUUGCGCAAGCUCAGCUUGAUUCAUGUCUUUAUACGACUUGCUUUAUUGGAGUAAAGCUCAAUGUGAGAAAUCAAGUUAUGGGAUAUGAUGACAAUCCGAGAACUAUUCAGUCCACUACUAAAGGUGGGGGCAUAAUGUACCGUGUUAUGGGGAGAAAACCAUCUUGCAACAUCAGAUUAUAUUUGGGAGAUACCGAUUAAAGAUUUCUUGGCCGCGUCAGAUGAAGUAUAACGAAAUUGUCUUAUGCUUAAGCUAAACCAAGUUAUCUUUAAAUCGGCGCAAGGAAAAUUUCAUCAAGUUUGGGCUGCAUCAUAGCUUUUCGAUGCUCGAGUUGGUGUUGGAGUUGUAAAUUAUCCACCAUUUAUGUCAAUGAAAUUUAAAAGCUAUAGAAUAAUACAACAAAAUGUUGAAUUGGAGAUAUAUGGAAGAAUUAC